AAAAUGAAAAUGUUUCAGGAUUUUUAAUUCUGUCCUUGAUGGUGAUCAAUGUGUUCUUGCAAGGCAGCUUAACAAGCCUUGUGACUGGUUCAAUGUAUGGUCCGCCCAUUUCAUCUAUGGCUCAGCUAAUUGAAUCAAACUUGAACGUAAAGCUGACGGCAAUGCUUAAGUCAUUUUUGGAAAUUAACGAUCCUAAAAACAAGGAAUUUAUAACAAUCUUACAUCGCGCUGAAACUUCGCAGCAUGUAGAUUUCAACUACAUAAUUGAUCAAUUGAUCAAGGAGAAGGAUUUUGCAACUUUAACAUUGGAGGCUCUCGUCCUAAUGAGACCCAAUAUUAAGAAAUCGUUCAGCACUUUUACUUACCUAACUGUGCACACCUGCUUUGGAAUGCGGAAGAACGACAUUUCUUCACCACCUCUAUACAACUGGAUAUUGACUCUAGUUGAGUCUGGAAUUAUUGUUAAAUUUGAAAAGCUCCACCUUAAUGAGCUGGCUUUACGGUUUAGCGUCGAUGUGGAAACAAAUUCUUAUACCGUUAAUUUGAGGCAGAUAUGGCCGAUCAUGUCGCUCCUACUUCUAGGACUAGCCACUGCCACUCUUGGGUUGGCUUGCGAGUUCUUAUACUUUAUGUUGAGCAAGCUAUUGGCCGCUUAUAAGCACAAGCUCAACUGGAAAACAUAGAUCACAUUAGAUGAAUACUUUUAGGUAGAAGAUUAGUUGCUUUAGUGGAAACUCUGAUGUUUAGAAGAUUAGUAGACGAGCCAGCCAGUUGCAUAGUCUUGACAAACAUCUGUUGAAUGUUUCCUAUCAGCAUCAUUUCCCAAUAUACAUAUUUCUGCAGCGGGCAAGACGAUUGAUUGCCCUGAUUGAAUAAUUUUUUUGAAAUUUUGUGCCGCUUCUUUCUGCAGAAUUUCCGCUACAGAUUUUUUGCCCUUUAUCGAAGUCCAUCCUUAUUAAACCCAAAUGUCUUCGCAUGGCACUUAACCCACAGCUGGUUUUUCGCACCUAAACUCCCACACAUACUAAAUUAAAUCGUAUGUAUCCCUUCUCAAAAUAUUUUAUUACCCCAAUAAAAUUAGUAAAUUAUGCGCACUGAAGUGGGAAUCAUGGGGUUUCUGACCUUUAAAACGAAUUCCAACCAAAUAAAAGCACUUUACAGGCAAACGGACACAUCAUAAAAUUUAUUUACUAGUUCUAGAUAUUCUGUUGCUUCCCCUUAAUGGAAAUUGUGUUUACAUCCUACUACCCACAUUAGGACAGCCUGCUGGGCAGCUAUAAAUUUUCCUUUGAAUUUACCACAUUAAUUCAAAAUUCACGCAAUCUUUCAUCUAAAAUUUCCUAAAUGUUGGAUAAUUUAUGUUUUAAUUAAAUUUAAUUGAUUUGCUUAUUGAUCGCCUGCUUGGACGGACAAAUCACUCGACUAUUCAGGCAUAGUUCUACAAAUGAGUGGGUGAAAUAUACAAGGCGAGGCUCUAAGCAUUUUAAUUAAUCUUAGCUAAAAUGUCCCUUUUAGUGGCAGUAUUUGAAUUGGCUAAAUCCAAUUAACAUCAUAACCCGACAAUACGAAAUGUACAAAACGCAAUAAUCGAAUCUUGAACAUCCGUAGGAGUCAAUAUUUAAAACCGAUCGAAAUGGUUUAGAAAUGAACUGAGAAUCAUCUAAAGUGUUUUAAAAAUCAACACAUUCGGUUAUCUUAAUGACUACAGAGUUUCGUUAAAUUGCUUUAGACCCAUAUGCGAAAAACCUCCGUUAUGCCGUUAUGUGUGAGCUACAUUUUGGUAGGAGUUGGUAAAAUAUAAAAUAAAGAUGUCAAGAUUUUAUUAAAAAUGCCUAUCUCUUCUGGCCACACGGGGGUCCAAUUUGUGUAUGUGCCAAAAUGAGUGUUCCGCCGCGAUGGUGUCUCAUAAUACUCUUCUACAGUUUUUGGCCUGUAGCUAAAUGUAUGCCGGCUCUUAAAGAACCCAGACUGUCUCUAGCAGAUGUAGCAACUAGCUAUAACAUCCGAGAACCCGAAGGGCCUGACACUUAUGCGUUCGGUUACGACAUAAAUGAUCCGGAUACUGAAAAUGUCCAAUUUAGGGAUGAGGAAAGAAAACCCGAUGGUUCAGUUGUUGGAAAGUAUGGUUGGCUGGGGAUGGAUGGAACUGCUUAUAUUGUCAAUUAUGUGGCCGAUUCUCGUGGAUACAGAGCUUCGGUUGACACUGUCCAGAACUAUUUAAUGCGACGAAGAAGCAGGUUCAACCCUUUUAUGAAAAUCAGAUAAAUCAUCAUUGAAAUAUGACGAAUUAGCAGCGUUUUUAGUUUUUUGCAGGUUGAACGUCUGAAAUGUGAUUAUAUUGCUCUUGGUGAAAUAAAAAAUCUAUUUACUUUUAAUAA